AUGGGUGAGCGGCCUGGCGGGGGGCGGGGCGCGGCGGCGGGCAUGUGGCGGGCGGCGCCGGGGGCCUGGCGGCUGCUGCGGCGCGGGGCCCGCGCGGCGGGGGGUGCCCUGCGGGGGCCCGCGGCCGGGCCCGGGCCCGGGGCUCCCCGCGGGGGCCGCCGGGGCGCGGCAGGCAGCGGCGCGGGAGCCGGGGCGCUGGGGGCGGCGGAGCGGCGCCAGGCGGCAGAUACUGUUCUUCCAAAGUUCAAUAUUGACUUUGCUGUAGCUCUGCUGAGGCAAGAAAAUGCUAAAGACAUCUGUGUCAUCCAGCUACCUCCAGAAAUAAAUUACUCAAAUUAUUUUAUAAUUGUGAGUGGAUCUUCAACACGACAUCUCCAUGCAAUGGCACAUUACAUGCUGAAUAUGUACAAGCACCACAAAGAAGAAAGUGAUCCUCAUACUCGGAUUGAAGGGAAGGAGACAGAUGAUUGGCUGUGCAUCGAUUUUGGUAACAUAGUGGUGCAUUUCAUGCUGCCAGAGACACGAGAGGCUUACGAAUUGGAGAAGCUAUGGACUCUUGGUUCCUACGAUGACCAGUUAGCACAGAUAACUCCACAGUCACUGCCAGAAGACUUCAUAUUUGGACUGUCUUCUAACAGUAGUGAUCAUCUUGAACAAGAACUUAAUGCAGCUGCUGAGUGGAAGGAGAAAUGAUGGUGCCUUCACACAUCUGAGAGACAUACAGUCUUAGUUACUGACUUAAGUCAUUACAGUUGAUCAGUACAAAACAGUGUAUUUGUUGGGUGUGCCUAGGUAAAGUUCUGAACAAGUGACAAAAAUUAUUAGAAUCAAGAGAGUCAUAAAGGUUGGAAAAGACCUUUAAGAUCAAAUCAAACCAUGAAAUGUCAAAGAGGGAAUCCUAUCAUAAGGGAGCUUCGUGGGAGAGUUGCUGUCAAUGGACUUUGCAGUAAGAAGAGUGGGGCAAAGACGGCUGCGUAAGCUACUUACCUUGAACUCAUCCUCAGCCUUUACAGUAAUUGUUUUUCUAGUGUCUUUGAAAGACCUGCCUGCAGUAGCGGCACAGAAGAGACUUGUGUUGCAAGGAAAAAACUAUCUGAAAUGGUAGUUGAGAUGAGGCUUCUCGCAUUAAGCCAUUUGCUGCUGGUGACAAUGAAGCAAGUCAUGCUCCAAGUUGAAGGAGGAGAGAAAACAUUGUGUUAAUGAACACACAAAAGCCAAGAAGAAUAAGUGUCUUGAGUUAAUACAACAGUAAGUCAGUUUUUCAGCCCAGGCCAAUCUGUUUGUAAUAAUAAUAAAAACACACAAAAACCUGGA